AUGGAUAGGCGAAGACGUGCUAAUGAUAUACAGCUUCGUCGCGCCUCCUUUAUCCUGCCAAAGACCGGCGAGCGUUCCAAACGCACAUUCACCCUUCGAGAUGCCUCCAAUCGCAUGUCCAUCGCCGGUGGCAGCGACGGACAAGAAGACGAGUCGUUGCUAGCAUAUGGAGACGGCAGAGGCUACGAUACGUAUCGCAGACAUAAGACUAGGUCAGAGCUUCUCCAGGAAGCUCUUCGUCGCCGACUAUGCCAAUUCUGGAUGUUUGCGAAAUCGCCUACCGGACAAGGUAUCUUCAAGUCUUCCAUCGCCUACCUGCUUGGAUCUAUGGCCACUCUCAUACCUUGGGUCGCUGCUUGGUUUGGUGGCAAAAAUGAUUCGAAACACUUAGUCGCCACCAUUACUGUGUAUUUCCAUCCCGCGAGAACGGUUGGAAGUAUGCAUGAAGCCUUCGUGCUGUCUUUGAUCGCAUUCUGCUAUGCUGCAUUCUUAAGCUUCGGCUCCAUGGCUGUGAGCAUUUUCUUUGCGCAUCAGCAUGUCAUUAUGCUUGGCCAUGCUGUAGUUUUGACCGUCUUCGUUGCUGGAGGAUUCGGCUUCAUGGCUUGGAUUAAACAACGCCUAGGCAAUCCACUGGUAAACGUGGCCAUCUCGCUGGCAUCGCUGGGCACCAUCAACAUCCUCAUUCGCGAAGGAAGUGUGCAGGCAGGCGUCUUUGGCUACAAAAGGAUCACCGAAACUCUCGGCAUGAUUAUACUGGGAAUUAUCAUUGCGAGCGUCAUCAACGUCGUGCUCUUCCCAACAUUGGCGAGGAAGAAGCUGAGCUACCAGAUGGAAAAGAACACCGACUUGCUCGGAGAGAUGCUGAUCAGUAUCACGAGAGCUUUCCUGCAUGGGCGCGAGCAGGACCUGGAGGAUGAGUACUUCAAGACUUUGGCGAAAGAGCACUACAGCUCUCUGAACCAGAUGAAGAAGAACCUGAACGAAGCGAAGAAGGAAUACUACGUGCUCGGUCGUGAAAGAGUCUAUGCAGUCGAAGCUCGAGUUGUUCGAUGCCUCGAUGGCCUCUCACAAGAUCUAGGAGGUCUGCGUAGUGCAGCUUUGGCUCAAUUUUCCUUCAUCAAUUCGCAGACAAACACCAACGGAGACGGCGCAGCAUGCGCGGAGGAAUUUCAAAUUCCGUCAACGCCUCGAUCGCCCGCUCAAGAAAGAGAGCAAUUCUUUGGCAACCUUGAUGUCAUUACGGAACUACCAGAGAGCUCAGCUGGAUCUCGAGAGCGGUUUACGAAUAAUGGUAUAGCCAAUGGCGAUACUCCCAUCACGCUCGGAAUAAGUCAUAAUAUGGUCAAGAGCCCAGGUGAUAUGUUUGUGGCUUUCAUCACACAACUUGGACCGCCGACCAAGAGUCUGGUCUUUACCCUGAAGCAGACGCUUGACGAGCUGCCCUUUCGAGAAGUAUCGGCAGCUUGGAAUCCGUGGGCGAAUCGGGAGCUUGAAGUCGCCAUCAAUCCCCAAUUCCACGCUAGCCUAAAGCAGGCCAUCGAUCUAUACAGACAAGCACGAAAGAAUGCGCUAGGAGCACUGCACCAGAGUCGAGCUACGCUCUUUAACCGCCGCCCCGAAGAAGUGCUGGCAGAUAUUGAGGAGGUCUCUGCCUGCUGCGGACACUUCUCUUUCUCACUAUUGGACUUUGCCGAAGAUGUUCUGACUUAUCUUGAGAUCUUGGACGACUUAAAGCGAGAGAUGGAGUCGCCAGGCAAGUCAUGGAAGUGGCUGCUCUUUUGGAAGAAGCGAAAGAGGCCCGACGGAACCAAGAGUCCGAGGCAUACGUUUCCUGAGCAUAACGAAGAACCUGAUACUGCAUAUAGCAUUGAGCCGAUUCGCAAAGCCGACCGAUUUGCAGAUCCUGAGAAGAUGCGCGCAGGCCCUUGGUACUACAGCCUCUAUCGCGCUUUUCGCUGGAUGAGACGAGAUGACACCAGAUUCGCUCUGAAAGUCGGCAUUGGUGCUGCACUAUACGCCCUGCCUGCCUUUCUGCCCGAGACACGACCAUUCUUUUUGCAUUGGAGAGGCGAGUGGGGUCUGGUAUCGUAUAUGGUCGUCUGCUCCAUGACUGUCGGAGCGACGAACACGACCGGUUUCAAUCGAAUCUUUGGAACCUUGAUCGGCGCGGCGUGUGCUGUUAUAGCUUGGCUGAUAUGCAGUCACGACGGCGUUGUAAACCCCUAUCUCCUCGGGUUUUGUGGCUGGAUCAUGUCCUUGCCAGCGUUCUACAUCAACAUCGCCAUAAAUAACGGCCCGAUGGCUCGCUUCAUCAUCCUCACCUACAAUCUCAGCGCACUCUAUGCGUACAGUCUGUCCAUCCAUGACGAUGACAACGACGACGACGAAGGCGGCAUCGAUCCCGAAAUCUGGGCUAUUGUCCUCCACCGUGUAGUCUCAGUAACGGUGGGUUGCGCCUGGGCCAUCAUUGUCUGCCGCUGGAUCAUGCCCAUCUCCGCCCGAAACAAGCUCCGCGAAGGUCUCUGCGUCCUCUGGCUUCGAAUGGGUCUGAUCUGGAAACGCGAUCCUUUAGCCAUGUUCCUCCUCGGCGAACCCCGAACAGCAUACAUGGACAUUCGCGAAGAGUCCGAUCUCCACGGCUUCCUCGCAAAUCUCCGCAGUCUGCGCAACGCCGCAAAAUCUGAAUUCGAGUUCCAAGGCCCUUUCCCCGAUCAACAAAUCGGUCGCAUGCUCGACCGCGCAGGCAGAAUGCUCGACGCUUUCCACGCCAUGAACGUCGUCAUCUCAAAAAACCUCCAAUGCACGCCCGGCGAAGCCGCAGUUUUGAAAUACACUCGCCCCGAACGCUUCGCCCUGUCAGCCCGAAUCUCACAUUUGUUCACCGUCCUCGCGUCAAGCAUCAAACUCGAAUAUCCCCUCAACGACGUCCUUCCCAACGUCGAAGAUAGUCGAGAUCGACUUUUAUCGAAAAUCUCCGAGUUCCGGAGAAGUGGUGAGGCUAGAGAUGUGGUUACGGAACAAGACUAUGAAAUGUUGUAUGCUUAUGUCCUGGUGACGGGACAGUUGGCGCAGGAUAUUGAGGCUGUGGGACAGGAAAUUGAGGGGCUUUUUGGGGUUUUGAAUGAGGAGAAUUUGAAGAUACAUUAG